AUGGUAUAUGGGAAGCUAGCAAUGAUGUCCAUUGAGUUUGAGCAUAAAACUCUUAGGACAGCUCUGCAACUGAAUAUGAAUCUAUUUGGGGCACAAAGAGCUCGAUUCAUGCAGCUAAACGCUCUGGAUGAAGUGAGAAAAAUGUCUCUCCAGCACAUAGAAGUUGUUCAAAAUCAGCGUACUAGAUGGCAUGACAAAUAUAUUACAGAAAGAAAAUUCAAAUCUAGAGAACUAGCACUUUUAUAUGACUCUAGGUAUAAAGAUUCUCUGGGCAAGUUGCAAACAUGUUGGUUGGGUCCAUAUGAAGUUGUUGAAGUUUUUCAGAAUGGAUCUGUACAAUUAGCAACUAUAGAUCCUGAUAAGUUUAAACUUCUAGUCAACUGUCAUAGAUUGCGAUUGUAUCACAAGCUUGUCACUAAAGAGGAAUUCCUACAGCCACAUGCUGCAGUUCCUGCAGCUCAUGCAGGGGGACUGACUAUCCCACAAUCUUGA